CUAAUUAAAAUCCACAAUAAGAUCUCUCUCUGUAUUCUCUCCUCUCUCUCUGGAACAAAGCCUUCGAAUCUGCGGAAGCCGGAGGGAGUACAUCGCCACCGGGGAAAAUGUCGAUGGUGGAUGAGCCAUUGUAUCCAAUAGCUGUGCUAAUUGAUGAGCUGAAGAAUGAUGACAUUCAAUUACGGCUCAAUUCAAUCCGUAGGCUGAAUACGAUUGCCCGUGCUCUCGGUGAGGAGAGGACACGGAAAGAAUUGAUACCAUUUCUUAGUGAAAAUAAUGAUGAUGAUGAUGAGGUGCUGCUGGCAAUGGCAGAGGAGUUGGGAGUGUUUAUUCCUUAUGUUGGAGGUGUGGAGUAUGCUUCUGUGUUGUUACCGCCUUUGGAGACCCUUUGCACCGUAGAGGAGACUUGUGUGAGGGAUAAAGCUGUUGAGUCAUUGUGUAGAAUUGGAUCCCAGAUGAGGGAAAAUGAUCUGGUUGAUUGGUUUAUUCCUCUUGUGAAGAGGCUUGCAGCUGGUGAAUGGUUUACUGCUCGAGUUUCUGCAUGUGGACUAUUCCAUAUUGCUUACCCAAGUGCAUCAGAGAUGCUAAAGACUGAACUUCGGUCGAUAUACAGCCAGUUGUGUCAAGAUGACAUGCCUAUGGUGAGGAGAGCUGCUGCAACUAAUUUGGGAAAGUUUGCUGCUACAGUUGAGCCCCCCAAUCUCAAGGCUGACAUCAUGUCUAUGUUUGAGGAUCUCACUCAAGACGAUCAAGAUUCUGUUCGAUUGCUAGCUGUAGAAGGUUGUGCUGCUCUUGGCAAGUUGUUGGAAUCCCAAGAUUGUGUAGCCCACAUACUCCCUGUCAUUGUUAACUUCUCCCAGGACAAGUCUUGGCGUGUCAGAUACAUGGUUGCGAACCAAUUGUAUGAGCUUUGCGAAGCUGUUGGACCUGAACCUACAAGGACGGAUUUGGUUCCUGCUUAUGUGCGCCUACUUCGUGAUAAUGAAGCUGAAGUGCGUAUAGCAGCUGCUGGUAAAGUCACCAAAUUUUGUCGGAUUCUUAAUCCAGAACUUGCUAUUCAGCAUAUUCUUCCCUGUGUGAAGGAAUUAUCAUCAGAUUCUUCCCAGCAUGUUCGAUCAGCUUUGGCUUCUGUUAUAAUGGGAAUGGCUCCUGUUCUAGGAAAGGAUGCGACAAUUGAACAACUUCUCCCAAUUUUUCUUUCCCUCUUGAAAGAUGAAUUCCCUGAUGUACGCCUUAAUAUUAUUAGCAAGCUCGAUCAAGUCAAUCAGGUUAUAGGAAUCGACUUGUUGUCGCAAUCUCUAUUACCAGCUAUUGUUGAGCUUGCAGAGGAUAGGCAUUGGAGAGUUCGCCUUGCAAUUAUUGAAUACAUACCGCUGUUGGCUAGUCAAUUGGGUGUAGGUUUUUUCGAUGACAAGCUUGGUGCCCUUUGCAUGCAGUGGCUACAGGACAAGGUUUAUUCAAUUCGAGAUGCUGCUGCUAAUAAUUUGAAACGCCUGGCAGAAGAAUUUGGUCCGGAGUGGGCAAUGCAGCAUAUCAUUCCUCAGGUUUUGGAUAUGACAAACAAUCCACAUUAUUUGUAUCGGAUGACCAUUCUUCGCGCAAUUUCAUUACUUGCUCCUGUCAUGGGCUCUGAGAUUACUUGUUCUAAGUUGCUGCCGGUGGUCAACACUGCAUCGAAGGACAGGGUUCCGAACAUUAAAUUUAAUGUGGCGAAGGUGUUGCAGUCCCUGAUUCAUAUUGUUGACCAAUCAGUGGUGGAGAAAACGAUUCGUCCAUGUCUGGUAGAGCUUGCUGAGGAUCCUGAUGUUGAUGUCCGUUAUUAUGCCAAUCAGGCACUUCAAUCAAUUGAAAGUGUUAUGAUGUCCAGCUAGACCGUUUUAUCAGACGAGAAUUCAUCACAGAAAUUUUUAUUCCGGUUUCUUUUCCUGGUGUUUCUGGAUAAAGACUGUCUGAUUGAAAUAGCUAAUUCAAAGUUUAGUGUUGAUUUUCUCCCUUCACUCGGCUGAGUGCUAGUGUAUGGCAAUUCCUGAAUAUUGUUCAGAUAAUUCGAGGAUGCUUGUUGCUAAUGUACAUGUUUGUCACUUGUAAAAUUACAGUUCAAUGACAAGCUGCAUUGUGCUUGAAUUAAAGAGGAGAAUGCACGUGACCUCUCUUUUUGAUUUUUU